CAGGCGCCAGAAGAAAGGACACCGAGUCCCUCUGCAUUUCUCACUGGGCAACUCUCCUUUCUAGCACCAGGAAUAGAACCCAGGAAUCCUGCACCCCAGCCGCCUCCCCCUGCUCCAACCACUAGAUCCCACUGUCUCCUUCAGCACGAGACACCAUUCAGUGCUCGCCUUUCCUUGGGCUGCUGGUGCAAUCAUCCCCCUAGCAAUAACAGCUCCCUUCGCCACCCCCCAGAGCCAGAUGCCUUCGACCACAGCUUCCCACCGACAGACACCCGUCCAGGAAAGGCAAGCUGACAUCUGACUGAGACAGGCACUCUGUGGCCAAGUCCAGCUUCCUGUGUGCCGCCCAGGAAGACUGCUCCCCUCCCCACCCACUCGUCUCUGAAAGCAGAAGUCCAAGGCAUGGGGCCAGGAACGGGGCCGCUGCUCCAUAGCCUCCUGCUUUUGGCUCUGGGAGUUCUUGCAGGUCUGCAGCUCUCCUACGGCCGGGAGCAGCUGGAGGGCUUUGUAGGGGAGUCCGUGUAUUUCCCUGCCCUGCGCCCUGUGGCCGGAGACAUCGUCCGCAUCCUGUGGUUUUCAGGAAAGCAGGGCACUCACAUCGCCGAGGCCAAACCCGAAAGCCGGGCCUUCCGCGUCAAUUACGUCCCGUACUUCAGCAACCGGCUGGCCAUCAACGCCGGGAACCUCUCGCUGGAGCUGCGAGGGCUGAGGCCAGAGGACCAGGGGCCGUACCGCGCCGUGGUGGAUAUCUCCUCAGACCCUUCCCAUCCCAAGACAUUCUCCUACGAGCUGUCCGUGCAAGGCCGUCGGCAGGAAGGAGGCAGGAGCGAAGGAGGAGCCAUGGGGACCCCCGCAAGAGAAGAAUGGAGGACAAUGAUGGAACCCCCAACCAGCAGAGACCCCAUAACCACAGGCGGAAAGGGAGGGAAGCCAACAGCGGCGGGAGGCAACGGGGGAGAGCCGGAAGGCGGUGAGAGCCGGCGUACUUGCCACUGCUCCCUGAAGGGUUAUCUCAUUGCGGCCGUCUACGGGCCCCUCUGCAUCACGGUGGCUGUUGUCCACUUGAAGACGAGGGGCUAACGGGAGAGCAGACGUCCCAGACGCUGAGGCCUGGGGGAGAAGGGAACCCCGAGGCGGGCAGGGUUCCCACAUGUCUGGGCUUCCCGGACUUCGCCUCUUUUUCCAUCCUCUGUCUCCCACUGGGGGGAUUUUUCCAAAUAAGGGGCGAGGUCUGGGAUUCCAGCAGGGCAGCCCCACGGCUCAGAAGGAGCCGGCGUCCGGCUCCGCGCCCGCCUGGGCCCUCUGCUCCAGCUGCCAGUCCUGCUCACCCUGGCCCCGGCGCCCUGCCCUGGGGAGGGAGAAGCCCCAGGGAGCCUCAGACAGUCAGUUGUCACUGCUCCUGGAUCUGGGCCAGCCAUCCUGACAGGGAACAACUCGGCCCCCUCCUGGAGAGUGAGGUGGCAGGCUUCCUCUCCUGCCCCACCAGGUACCCCCUCCCAGUACACCCCCCAUAGCUCCAAAUACCCUCUCCUGCCC